GGAGGUGGCGAUGACGUGGAGGUUUGGAGGAAGUUUAGGGACGAGGGUUUGCUUGAUGAGUCGGCGCUGAAGAGGAAAGAUAGGGAGGCGCUGGCUUCAAGGAUUGAAGAGCUUGAGGAAGAGCUCCAUGGAUAUCAGUAUCAGAUGGGACUUCUCCUGAUUGAGAAGAAGGAGUGGUCUUCCAGACAUGAAGAAAUUAUGCUUCGUCUCUCGGAAGCAGAGGAGAUAUUGAAACGAGAACAAGCAGCACACAUUAUUGCUAUAUCAGAGUCAGAGAAAAGGGAGGAGAAUCUGCGGAAGGCCUUGGGGAUUGAGAAACAGUGUGUUACAGAUCUCGAGAAGGCACUACGGGAGAUGCGUGCUGAAAUUGCAGAAGUUAAGUUUACUUCUGAUAAAAAAAUGGCAGAAGCGCAUGCUCUUGAAACGAGUAUUGACGAGAAGCAUUUGGAGGUUGAAAGGAAAUUGCACUCUGCUGAUGCUAAGCUUGCGGAAGCAAGUAGGAAGAGCUCUGAGAUAGAUAGAAAAUUAGAGGACGUGGAGGCCCAUGAACGCAAAGUUCAACGGGAACUAUCUGCUUUGAGCACUCAACGGAAGAACUUUGAGAAGGAUAUUGCUGAUCGAGAAAACCAUCUGCGGGAUUGGGAAAGAAAACUCCAGGAUGGUCAGAAGAGACUUGUCGAGGGGCAAAGGUUUCUCAAUGAGAGAGAGGACAGAGUAAAUGAUGUAGAUAGGGUUCUUAAUAAGAAGGAAGAGGAACUUGAAGAAGCAAGGAAAAUGAUCGACGUCACUAUAAAUUCUCUGAAAGAUAAGGAGGAAUCUAUUGAUAUGAGGCUAAGGGCAUUAGAUUCUAAAGAGAAGGAUGCUACUGGUAAGAUGAAGAACCUUGAGAAGAAAGAGAAAGAUUUAUUGAAAACAGAGGAGAAACUCAAUGCUCGUGAACGAGUGGAGAUGCAAAAGCUCCUUGAUGAACAUAACAGUAUAUUAGAUGCCAAGAAGAAAGAGUUCGAACUGGAGCUAGAGAAAAAGCAGAAAUCCUUUGAUGAAGAAAUAAAAAGCAAACUUCACACAGUUGAUAAACAAAACAAGGAAAUUAGCCGGAAAGAGGAAAACAUUAAUAAGAGAGAACAAGCAUUAGAGUCUAAAAUGGAGAAACUAAAAAUUAAGGAGAAAGAUCUAGAUACCAAGUCAAAAGCUUUGAAGAAGUGGGAGGAAUCAGUAAAAUCCGACGAGAAGAAGUUGCAUGAAGAUAGGGAGAAGGUAAUAAAACAAUUGGAGGAACUUCAGUUGUCCAGAACAGAACUCGAUACCUUGAGGGCUGCAGUAAGAGCUGAAGAACAGCAGCUUGUCUGUGAGAAAGAAGGCCUUAGAUUGACUAAAGAAGAGAGGGACCAACAUCUCCUACUGCAAUCUAAACUGAAAGAAGAAAUUGAGGAGUAUAGCAGGAUUAAAGAGUCACUUGUCCAAGAAAGCGAGGCACUGAGAAAUGAGAGGGAGAAAUUUGAGAGAGAGUGGGAAGCGCUGGAUGUGAAGAAAUUAGCGCUGGAAACUGAGAUAAAGAAGGUCAAUGAUGAGAGGGAGAGGUUUGAAAAAUGGAGACACAAUGAGCAGGAAAGAUUGAAAAACGAAGAUCUUCAGGCAAAAGCAGAAAUUGAGAGGCAGUUGGAAGACCUUAGGUUGAAAAAAAUAGCUUUCGAGAACACAAUGGAACAUGAGCGUUUGAUGGCUCGUGAAGAAGUUGAAAGGCAGCUGGCUGAUGUUGCCCGGGAGCUUGAGCUACGUAAGCAUGACCUUGAGAUGAAUAUGCAUAAAAAACAGGAAGAUGCGGAGAAGAGACUACAGGAAAAGGAAAAGGAAUUUGAAAUGAAAAGAGAAAUUGAAGUUAAUAGCAUUAAUUCCUUAAUCAAUUUAAAUGAUUCAAAAUUUCGGAAGCUAAAGCUUGAACAAGACCGAUUGGAGAGGGAGAAGGAAGAACUCAGUCUCAACAAAAAGAAACUUGAGUCAGGUCAACUCGAAAUACAGAAAGACAUAGACACGCUUCGCUUGCUUAGCAAAAACCUUAAAGAUCAACGUGUGGAAUUUGUCAAGGAGAAAGAAAGGUUUCUUGCUGCAGCUGAGCAGUGUAGCACUUGCCACAACUGUGGGGUCUCAAUAACUGGAUUACAGGUUGUUGGUCUUCAAACUACAGUAGAGGAUGUGCUUCUGCCAAGCCUUGCCGAUAGCUACUUAGAGGAGCAUUUGAAAGGUAAGCAAGCCGAUCCAUCUCCUCAAGGUACUGCCUCCAGAUCUCUUGGGUCAGGAUUUCUACAGAAGUGUUCCAGGCUUUUCAGGUUCUCUCCUGGAAAGAAUGUAGAGCCCUCUACCGAAGGCCAGAUUGAACAGCCUAUUGAGUUCAACGAGCGACUUGAUAUGGUUGCAUCUGAGGAUGUUACAAAUCACGGGGCUGCUAAUAAUUCUUUUGAUGGUCAGCCAGCGGAAAUUGGUGAUGAUGCCAGGGUUAGCAAGGAUGCACAAAGGCUAGAUAAAGUUGGGGAUGAGCCCGAACCAUCUCUUGGUGUAGGUGAUAAUUCUAUUGAUAUUGUGAGGAUGUCUGAUUAUGAUGCUAGAGAUGCCGAAGGGGAAGUUGCUACCUCAAUUGAUGGGCAACAUGAAACUGAGGGAUCAUCUCGACCUCCUGAAGAUGACUCUCAGCCCCAGCCAUCAAAGCAGCGGCGAAGACAGCCAAGCAAGAGAGGCAAGGCUAAAACAGUAAAAAGAACACGCGCUGAUAUUGCAGUUGUCAAAGAUGCCAAAGCUAUUCUUGAAGAAACGACUGAUUUGAAAGUGGAUGGAGAGCCAAAGGGGGAUGCAAGAGAUUCUCAGCGUAUUGAUGAAGAAAGCCACGGAGCUUCAGUUCAUAAUGAGCAAACCAGUGCAAGGCAGAAAAGGCGGCGCCCACAGACAUCUGAAAUGACUACCAGUGAGCUGGAAGCAGAGGAUACUCAUUCUCAAAGUGUGUCUGUGGGAGGGCGGCGUAAAAGGCGACAGACGUCAACAACUGGGAUGCAGGCCACUGGAGAAAGGCGCUACAAUCUUAGGCGUUCUACAGUUGCUGCAAGCUCAGCUGCAGCAACCCAGGCAACAUCUGAUCAGGCAAAAGGACACAAAGCCGAAAGUCAGCAGCUUUCACAUGAUAAUGAAAUCUCAAAGGGUGAUCAUGUUGGAGAAGGAACUUCCAAGAAUGGGGCUGUGAUUUCACCUUCAUCUGCUUUUGUUGAAGAAAAUAACAAAGUUUCUCACACAAUGCAGAAAUGCACGACAAGAAGUGUCAUGGAAGUGUCAUCCAAGGAAAUGGGAGUUCGUGUGGAGCGUGAGUUUAUAGAAUCAGUGGACAUCAGCGAGAGGAUGGAGGAAGACGAGGAUGAAGUAGACGGUGCAGCAGCAGUAAGUGAACCAGCGACGCCCUCAGCCACCGAAGACGGUGAUGAUUUUGAUGAAGACGACGACGACGAUGUUGGGAAGCAUAAUGCUUCAAUAGGGAAGAAGCUAUGGAAGUUCUUCACAACUUGACGUCUGGAUUUUGCGGCUUCCUAUUAAUAUUUUUUCUCCCCACUCUGACUCCUUUUAAGUUUCUAACUUCAAAAAGGUUCUUUGUGUAGUCAUUAUGUGUACUAAUUUGUUGGAAGAGGUGGAUUUAGGGUUGGAUGUAUCAUUGAGGGAUGUAUUAUUAGUAAUUAGUGUUCGCUACUUGUAAUUUUUUUUCCAUUAGUAACGUAGCUUAUGAAAACCUUGUAUCAGUAUCAGGUGGAUCUAGGUUUAUUUACAGGCCGCCUCGUGUCAUGUGUAGUCUGAAAUCUUGUCACGUCGGGUAAAGCUAUGGUUAUGGAUCUAAUGAUCAUUUGUAUUGUAAUCAGAUGAGUAAUUGAUUUUCUUUUAAGUUUCUGGUGCUCCGUUAAAUGUUGUGUU